AUGCAAGUGACAGAAACGGUGCUUGCGAGGGCUGUAAUUAAGCGGCGCUCACCACAGUUAUGGGGUGCACCUGGGGCACCGAUCAUUCGCAUGCGUGGACAUCAUGUUGUAUGGAAAUUCCAGUCGUACGAUCUCGUAGUGGAGCACACACACAAGCGGCGCAACUCCGAUAUUCGAUUGCUGCAUUAUCUUGGAAAGCACUGCCCACACCCGCAGAAGUCUCUUUGGUCCCCUGAUACCCCUGUGGCACAGGACCGUCACUUGUUUAUGUUAACAACGGUGGAUAUCGAUGCCUUUAAGUAUUGGUUUGGUGUUAAGCGAUGCCGAUUGUCGAUGAAACCAUGGGCACUUCUGGCGAAGGCGGGGUUGCUUCCCCCUUCAUUAACGCAAAACUCGAAAAUUAUGCCAAAGCCACUCUUCGACAAGGAAAGUUUGAUGCGAUAUUAUCUUGCGAACCGGAAAGAUGAGGAUGUUAUGGCCCGGGAAAAAUAUUUGAAUUAUGAGAAUAGCAUGGUUAAGACUGAGGAAGAACGCGCUGCAGAGCGGCCGGUGGCGCCGUAUCUUUAG